AUGAACAUUGAGAAAGCCAGCACCCCCCAGCCAAGCCUGUCUGAAACGAGCCACAAGAGCCAGGACUCGGGCUUCUCCGAUUCGGAAGGGCACGGCACCGUCCUGGCAAAUUAUUGUGGGGCCAAGCGAUGUGACGAUUCGGACAACAGAUCCUCAUGCGACGACCUCUCCACAUUACCGCCUCCUGCACAUUCUUCCACUCCCAAAACGAAGGAACAUAUGAUCAAGCGUUGCCAAAUGGAAGAACGCAUCUAUUGUUCCAGAGAAUGGAACUCCCCUGUAAAACUAUGGCUCAGCGAAGUGAGAUACCUGUGUGAUCCUGAAUGCACGUCUUCACUUCAGAGCAAACCAAUCACAGCAGGUACGAACGAGAACGUUACAAGAACGACGUCUUAUGUUGUGAAUACAAUACGAUCACUUCACAGACAACUUUCCAGCGUUUGUUCAAAACUCAAUCUGCUAUACAGGAAGAUAAACAAAGGUAACUUGAAGGGCAGUGGAAGGCAGUUCGAAAGAAUCACACAACGCAUGGUAAACAUUUUAUCCGAACACAACGAAAAGUACACAGAAGAUUUUGACUGCAGUGGUUUACAGAUAGCGUUUUCAACACUCAACUCAAGGGAAAAAGAUGUUCCAAAUUUAAAAUCAAUCAUGAAAACUGUGGCUCUGCUAUUUUCGAAAAAAGUUGAACAAAUACUUCUUAACUAUAUUAAGAUGCUUAUAGACUUACUGAAAAACGAAAAAUCUCCAUCUUCUUUAGCGAUAAUCCUCUCAGGCAUUGGGAGCUUAGGACUUCAUGUUUCGCACUUAGCGGACUUGAUGGCUUAUUGUUCAGGGAUCAGCCACCUACUGUCUGUCUUCGUCAAUUGUUCCAGUCCCGCAGUACACACGGCCGCUCUAAACAUCCUGUCGACGAUCUGCUGCACGCCGGACAGCGUCAGGCAGUUUGAAAACAGCGGAGGUGUGGAAUUGUUGUCGGAUAUCCUGACGGACACUACGAAAGGCGAAGCAGAAUACUGUGGAGCGGUUUCACUCCUCGUCCAAGUGACGGCCCCGUGGUUAGAAAUUACUGUACAAAAUAUGGAAAAACAAUUGGAACCACUCAUAGCAUCUAUCACUCGCCUCAUCAGUCAGUCCCAAUCCAGCGAAAUGCUGCUGCUUUGCGCUGCAGCUUUGGCCAACAUCAGCUGCAUCGAACCGAAGAGUAUUUGGCCAUUGGUAUACUGUUCAAGCACAGGUACCCUCCUUAAGGCAGUUAGGAUCCUAGGGCCGAAAGCAAGCAUCUUUCUCAAGGAACAAGCUGUAACGCUUCUUGCGAACAUGUCUGGCGUUAAGGAAAUCCUACCGCACCUGACGCAGAAUAGGGCCGUACCUGCCCUGCUCUGUUUUCUCCAAGUUUCACUCUCUCCCCUCCAGAGCUCGGCGGAAAAGGAUGCCACCUUCAGGGUCCAGCACAAGGCUGUCAUAGCCCUGUCUAGGCUGUGUAAUGACUCUGAAGCAGCGAUGCAAGUCGCGGAACUCCAAGGGGUCAGUAGAUUAGUUCGUUUAUGUAAAGAAGAAAACGAAAGGAACAAUAAUGACAGUGUUCUUGCCUGUUGUUUGGUAACAUUGAGGAAAAUAACCAAACACUGCGGAUUGGAUGCUGUUAAGAGCUUGAAUGCAAGUGAGCUAGUCGAACCAGAACUCUUCGAGUCAAUCCUCCUUUAUUCAUCCAAGUGUUUCGAGAUGAAGUGA